CUGUAGUGUGGUAGGCUGGUAGCUUAAGCGCUCUAGGAGGGUUCAUCGCCAUUGAAAAUGAUACAGCUGCUCUAUUCCAUGAUCUCGGCCGAAAUGGUUCUGAUCCUGACCCUCCUCUUCAACACCCCUCUACGGAAGCUGGUGAUCAUAACGUUGGAUCGGGUCAAGCGCGGGCGGGGCCCAAUCAUGCUCUCGACUGUGGCCGGGACCAUCGUCGUGGUGCUCCUGUCCAACAUCUACAGCAUGGUCAAGAUCCAGAGUCGAACGAAAGAGGCCGGCGCGGCAAAUCCCACGGAUCAGGUCCUCAUGUCCAAGCUCAUGCUCGAAGCCUCUCUUAUGGGAUUCUUGCUCUUCCUCUCACUGAUGAUAGAUAGAUUACAUUAUUAUAUAAGAGAACUUCGUUUACUAAGGACGACAAUGGAGGCUGCAAAAAAACCAAGUUUUGAUGAUGGUAAAAAUGGCAGUGGAGAGGAGCUUAAGGCCUUGGGGGAAGAGAUUGCCACAUUGAGGGCAAAGAUGAAGAAGCUGGAAUCUGAAUGUGAGACAAAAGCAAAGGAGGCAAAGGCCGCUGAAGGUGAAGCAGAGGCUGUAAGAAAGCAAUCUGAAGGAUUCCUGCUGGAAUAUGAUCGUUUGCUGGAGGACAAUCAAAACCUUCGCAACCAGUUAAAGUCAAUUGACCAAGGCUCGUCACAGCCUGAUAACAUAAAGAACAUGUGAGCGAACAGAUACUAAUAAUGAACAAUUUUCUCAGUCUAUAUCUAUAUGUAUGACUACUUUAAACUUGCAUUUAGUAGAGGAAAGAAAAUGUUUGGGUGCAGUUCCAAUUAUGUCUAUUAUGUUU